GUGCUGGAAGUGGGGGAAAUGCCAUAAAGAUGGCGUCUCUUAUAUUUUUUUGUGUUUAUUUUUGAUGGUGUUUUAAAAUUUUAUUAAAAUGAGUGUGUGGGAAUCAGUACCUGAUGAACUCAGUUACGGCAUAGCAAUAUACAACUUUGCCGCCGACAGCGAUUUCAAACUCGAACUGACCGUCGGGGAUUCCCUUCAUAUACUCGACGAAGAAGAACACUGGUAUUACGGCUACCUGAUUCGUGACAGACACAAAAGGGGAAUUUUUCCCAAGAGUUACAUUCAUAUCAAACCAUGCACUGUUGACCGCACCGGACCUACCCUAACGUUCAAUUUCAAGGAGCCUUCAGUAGCGCAAGAAAUCACUUCAGUAUUGCGAGAAUGGGCCCCGCAUUGGAAAAACCUUUACGUAAAUCACAGCAAAGAUUUCGAGGCAAUCAAAAGUCAGAUUUACGAUCUGAUAACACACAGGAGCAAAAUCGUCAGCGGUACUUUACCAGUCGACGAAUUGAAACGAAUAACAAAACAAGCAACGGAGGAAAUUGAUAAGGGAAACAAAACCCUAGGUUUAGAUUUGAUCGUGAGAAAUAAAAACGGAAAUGUCAUCGAACCGGAAAAGACCAGCACAUUGCAAAUGUAUUAUCUGCAUAAAAAAGCGACGGAAAGGAUGAGUAGGACUAAUAAGAACGAAACGAAAGAUAAUCAUCCUAAAACUGCCAUUCAACAAUACUCCAACAUUUUUAUAGUAGCCGUUAAAAAUUUUACAUGCAAAAUGACCGAGGAUGCCGAGUUGUUAAUGUCACUUUAUGACGGAAAAGAGUACAAAUCGAUAACAGAAAAUUAUGUCGUCCGGUGGUCCAAAGACGGAUUGAUGUGUGAUUUGGAUCAGAUGUACAAUUUGAGAGUUAUGUUUACGGAUCUCGGAAAACGCGAUUUAGAGCGGGAAAAAAUUUACUUGGUUUGCUACGUCGUGCGCGUGGGUGCGAUGGAAUCAAAAGAUCCGGAUCAUCGCCGUAGUUCCGUUUCAGUAGUGAACAAAAAAGGCACAACUGACGGAAUCCGACGACCUUUUGGCGUCGCAGCGAUGGAAAUUACUCAUUUUAUGAACGGGUCGCGGGAGAGCGACUUGGAACAAGAAUUUCCCGUUCCUUUUUAUAACUGCGACAAGGAUAAUCUUGAGCAGACUUUAAAGAAGAUAAUUAAUAAAGACUUUGCGAAAACAGAGCAUAAAAAUCACGCUCUUUUCGUCGGAAUGAAGUUAUUAAGAGGUGAUUUAAAGCAGGUGAGGGAGGAAAACCCCCAUUUAGUCUUGGGAAAUUUGUCGAUCGCACGAAAAAUGGGGUUUCCGGAAGUUAUUUUACCGGGAGACGUCAGGAAUGAUCUUUAUUUGACUUUGAUUAAAGGGGAGUUCAGUAAAGGGAACAAAACUUGUGAUAAAAAUGUCGAAGUUGUCGUCAGAGUUUGUAACGAAGAGGGAGUAGCGAUCCCUGGAGUUAUCGGUUUAGGUUCAGGAAUUCCACCAAUAGAUGAGUAUAAAUCCAUGAUUUAUUAUCACGAGGACAAACCGCAUUGGUAUGAAACUUUUAAAGUCGCGAUUCCUAUUGAAGAAUUCAAGACGAGUCAUUUAAAAUUCACUUUCAAACAUCGAUCUUCCAAUGAAGCGAAAGACAAAAACGAAAAACCUUUCGCCAUGUCUUAUGUGAAACUCAUGCAAGAAAACGGCACAACUCUCAAAGAUGCGAGGCAUAAUUUGAUUGUCUAUAAAAUCGAUUACAAAAAAUUUGAUGAAAAAAGUUUAGAUUAUUUCAAAUUACCCUCGAUCGUUAGCGAUGUCAAGGAUAAUGGACCGAAACCGUCAAUACCAGGAUUAACAAUUUCUAAAGACAUUUUCGUCAUGUCUAGCAACAUUUGUUCGACCAAACUGACACAGAACGUGGAUUUGUUGGGUCUUUUGAACUGGAAAACGCACAAGGAUGACUUAAAAAUCUGCCUUCGAGCUUUGCUCAAAGUGGACGGCGAAGAAGUCGUUAAAUUGUUGCAAGACACUUUAGAUUCGCUUUUUAAUAUUUUGAUAGAAUUUACCGAAACCGAUACGUACGAUAUUUUAGUUUUCGACUGUUUAUUGCACAUAAUUAGUCUAGUCAGUAACGACUGGAAGUACCAACAUUUCGAGCCGGUCUUGGAUUUAUACAUCAAGGAAAAUUUCAGCGCAACUUUGGCCCAUAAAAAAUUGAUCAGCGUCCUUAAGAACAUAAUCGGGCGUGCCAUCAGCAAAACGCCCGACAGUAAAGACGAUCUCAUUUUUAAAACAAUGAAAUCUCUCCAAUAUGUAAUGAGGUUUGUCUCGAAAUCGCGCAUUUUGAUGAAAGUAGUCGACGAUGUCGAGGACGAUUUCGAGGAAAGUCUCCGCGAUUUAUUGCAAGAUAUCACCGACAUGAUGGCCCUAACAUCAGACGGGAUUUUACGGGAACAAGGUGCAUGCCUUAAAUAUCUCCCUAGCACGAUUCCCGACAUUUUGAUGAUUUUUGACGCAAAAGAAUUGAGCAUGAUUCUGUGUAAUAUCGUCACGAAUAUCCCUGCUGGGCGCCUCACCAAACAGAAAAUGAUGACAAUCAACGAAAUCGUCCACAGUAAACUGUUCCUCUACACGGAAUGUCGCAGGAUUAUGUUACCAAUCUUUACUAAACAAGUCAAGACCCUGUUCGAGCAGCAUGAGGAGGGUGACAGAAGACUUGAUGGAAGGCGACAGAAUCGCUCGGUGGCUAAGGUGGCACAACUUUUGGGAACGACGCAACAUUGUCUCAACCAACACAGAGGAUAUUCUGAAGAGGUCGAGUUGUGUAUUAAAAUCCUGAGCGACAUUUUGGAGCUACUGUUCCGUAAAGACAUAGGACCGACCUAUGACGACAUCAGUGAGAUUAUAACAACGGUUUUGAGAACUUUGAUUCAUACUCGUGUUGGUAUGCCUAAAGAGGAUCCUCAAUUGGGGAAUUUAGUCUCCCUAAUGAUUGAUAUUUUCCGGCAAAUGUCCGAACGUCACUACGAGGCCUACGUAGAACGUUUCAACACUCGUUAUGACAUUUUAGAUUUUCUAAUGGAGAUUUUAGUAUUUUUUCAAAAUUUGGUAGAAGAUACGGUUUUCCCUAAAGAUUGGUGCGACAUGAUAAUGCUCCAAAACAGCGUUAUUUUGAAAGCGCUGCGAUUUUUCUCGCAUACGAUUCGUGACCGCUUCUUUGAAAGAUUCGAAAAUCAAGCCUGGAGCAACUUCUUCCAUUGCGCUAUCGCUUUUAUGACCCAACCGGCACUCCAACUCGAAACUUUCUCGUUUAAUAAAAGAAUGAAAAUCAUACGAAUUUAUAAAGAUAUGCGACGCGAGACCGGCUUUGAAAUCAGGUCGAUGUGGUUCAAUUUGGGACAGUACAAAGUACAGUUUGUACCGAGUUUAAUUGGAGCGAUUUUAGAAAUGACUCUAAUACCGGAACCGGAAUUACGUAAAGCGACGAUUCCUAUUUUUUUUGAUAUGAUGCAAUGCGAAUUUUACUCGUCGAGGUUUGAAGUUGAGAGUUAUGGUGAUACGAAGCGGGAUUCGUCACAUGUUAAGGGGAAUUUUAACGAUUUUGAGAAUGAAAUGAUUGCGAAAUUGGAUAUUCUAGUCGAGGGAGGAAAAGGAGAUGAGAAUUACAAAGAUUUGUUUCAUGAUAUUAUGAUGGAGCAUUGUAGCCAACAUGCCACGAUGAAUGAAACGGGGAUUAAGUUUGUUAAAACUGUAACAAGGCUGAUGGAGCGCUUGUUGGAAUACCGGUGUAUUAUUACGGAUGAAAAUAAGGAAAAUCGUAUGAGUUGUACUGUGAGUCUUUUGGACUUUUAUGCUGAAAUUAAUCGAAAAGAAAUGUAUAUACGAUAUUUGAAUAAACUCUACGAUCUUCAUUUGGAGUGUGAUAAUUACACUGAAGCUGCCUACACUAUCGACUUACACGCAAAACUUCUAAAUUGGACCGAUGACGAUUUACCCCAACUUUUGAAAAGUAAUCGACAUCCCAAAGCCCAUACGCAUCGUCAACUCAAAGAAGCUCUCUAUUAUAAUAUUAUCGAGAAUUACGAUAAGGGUAAAUUAUGGGAAUGUGCGAUCAAAAAGUGCCAAGAGUUGGCCUCGCAAUUCGAGAGUGAAACUUUCGAUUAUCAUCGAUUGAGCGAGUUACAUAAGAGAAUGUCGACUUUUUAUGAUGACAUUAUGAAAAAAGGUCGAGCAAAACCGGAAUAUUUUCGUGUCGGGUAUUUCGGUAAAGGCUUUCCCCAAUUUCUGCAAAAUAAAGUGUUUGUGUAUCGAGGAAAGGAAUAUGAACGACUUACUGAAUUCAAUACGAGAAUUUUAAAUGAGUUUCCCAAAGCGGAACUUUUGAAUAAAUUGACGCCGCCGGGGGAGGAUAUUACGGAGUCGGAUAAACAAUAUAUACAAAUAAAUAAAGUUGAUCCGAUAAUGGAUGAGAAAAAGCACCGAUUUUCCGGCAAACCUGUCUCCGAACAGAUACUCAAUUACUAUAAAGUGAACGACAUACAAAAAUUUACGUUUUCGCGUCCGUUUAUUCGAAAAGACCCUCAGAUUGACGAAAAGAACGAGUUUGGUCACUUGUGGCUCGAACGGACCGAAUUAACAACAACGUAUCCCUUGCCAGGGAUUUUGCGUUGGUUCCCUGUGAGUUCAUCAACUGUUCAUGAGAUUUCUCCCCUGCGAAACGCCAUCGAAACUAUGGAAAAAGCUAAUAAAACUUUGAAAAAUUACGUGGUUCUGUUCAACAGCGAUAAGGACAUGCAAAUUAAUCCGUUGAGCUUAACUUUGAACGGAAUCUUGGACGCUGCCGUCAUGGGAGGCAUAAAAAAUUACGAAGAGGCGUUCUUUACUGAAGAAUAUGAGACACAUCACCAAGAUGAUGAUGUGCUUUUGCAAAGACUGAAAGAUCUAAUUGCUGAUCAAAUUCCGCUGUUGGAAUUAUGUGUCAGAAUACAUAAGGAAAAUGCGCCUGAAAAUUUGCAACCUUUACAGAAGCGAUUCGAGGAUUGUUUUGCGAAAAUGCAAGAGAGCGUUGUAGAAAAAUACGGAAAGGGGACCUGUGAUAUUAAAUUAGAUACCCAAGUGACGAUGAGGAGGCACCACAGUAUUGUUCAUGAUCCGCGUUUAUCUGACAUGUCGAUGAUUUCUGAUAACGUGGAUAGUCGCAGCAGAGUUUCGAGUUUGACGAAAUCCCAAGUCGCUUCCUUAAAGCAAUUUACUUCUAGUUUUAAUUUUGCAACGUCUCCAAGUAUCAGCAGCAAAUCUAAUAUCAGCAGCAACACCAAAAGUUUAUUAGUCUCCCCAUCUAAAAGUCUAACGACAACUCCGGCCUUGAAUCACAAAAAAUCGUUCAAAAUCACCCGAGAGAAACGUCGUUCCAGUAAAUCUGAUCAUACGCCGAGUCCGUCCAUACUUUCCGCCACCCAGUGGUACACCACUGAUGAAAAUACAAAUGGGUCACCUAGAUUCGAAUUAACUGAAGAGUUGACACCAAAACGGCCCUUGCGCUCUGAAGUCGAAAAGGAAAAAAGGUUGAGUAGGCCCCCCAGUGGUCAAUUCUCUUCCAGAUCAAGUAGUAUCUCAGUGACGUUAAGAGGAACCGGAAGUUCGAGUAGUAGUAACAGAGAUUCAGUUGGUACGACUGAUUCCAGUGUAAGUGAAGAAGACGCAGUGCCGCCCCCUUUACCGUUGAAAUCGAGAGAAGUUGAUUAUUGUAAUUUGCCAAAUAACGAAAAUACGAGUUUUCUUUAUUCACAACGUAACUCAGUCAGGACUAGUUUAAAAAUUCUGGUUCCGGCGCCUGAUCCGAUCGACUUUGAUGACGUACCGCCCACACCACCGCCGAAACCGCCCAAAAAUAAGAACAAAUCCAAUUUAUGAACCUGUGUAAGCGUAAAGUGACCAAGUUACCAUAAGUGCCAUGGAUGUGUUAUAUUUUAAUCUGUAUUUCAACGCAUAUCUAUAGUUUUAAUUGUGUAUAAAGUAUUUAUAUUAUUAACCAAAGAUCGUAUUUUUUCAUUGUGUAAAACAAUAAACUUUUUUACGUACAUUUAA